CUGUUGCUGGGAUUUAUGGCUCAAGGAGGACCCACAGUAGGAUGCCAUGGGGAAAUGGUUGGGUCUCUGGCCUCCUGGCUGGCUGUCAUAUCCCCCAGCUUUGCUCUUCCUGAUGGUUGUGUGAUGCUCGGAGGGCUUCUUGGAUCUCUUGGGAGGCUCCUUCCUGCCUCAGGUCCCUGCUUACUACCUGCAUGCAGAGGCUUCCAGUUGGAAACUCAGUUUCAUUCACUGAGAAGAUGCAGAUACCACAGGAAUGCCAUUCAGGCCACAUUCCCACUGACCUGCUCUGUUCUGUUUUUUGCUGGGUUGUAAAGACUCAGACAAGCCAGGCAGAGAUCUGCCUAGGAAGCCGAGGAUAAGUGGGAGACUCAAAUAUGAGGAAACAUGGGCAACCUUCACAAGACGGCCAGCAGAUCUGCCAGGACCUCCGUAUCUGUGAGAGACAGGCAGAGGCACAACACAGCAGUGGCUGUGUGUCAAGUUCCUCUGUGCCAGGACCUUCAUAUGUAAGGCCACAUGCUUAUCCAGCAGGACAGCAGUUACUCAAGUCAUGUUUGUCACUUGGUUUGUGGCCUCAGGCAAGUUACUUAAUUUUUCUGAGUCUUGAUUUCCUCAUUGUUGAAAUGGCAAUGAGAAUGCCAUGUUGUCUGAGACUGUUUUAGUUGUUUGGGCCACAGGAGCCAGAGUCAGGUGCGAGAAGGCCUUUAGAAGACAUUUCCUGGUCGAAUAUGUGAUCCUAAAACAGCAUUCAUUAGCCUGGUUACAUAUUCUUCCCCAGAGGUGGCACUGAAUGAGACAUGAGACUUUGCAGAAUUCAGAUAUUCAGACUCAGACACAGCCACAAUACCAGCCUCCAGCAAGGAUAGGCAGAAAAAACAGUUGACAGGAAGCGGCUUUAAAAGAGCAUGUGACCUCUUGGGAGCCCACUAGGGACCUGCCACCCAUACUCACAUGGCCAGAGUCACUCCGGUGUGGAUCUCAUGUGGACUGCUGCCUGGCCUGGGGUGUGUUGUGAAGGCCACUGUGCUCUCAGGCAGUGUGGAUUUCAAGGACAGCCUCCAGGAGGGAGAGGUACCCGUGUACCCAAGCAGCACAGGGGUAAGCCCAGCAGCUGCCUCUCUGGACAGAAGGAGGGGGAAGUGGCCAGAAGGGGAAGUAUGAGUGUUCCUAUCCAGCCUGUUACCAGUCUCCUCAGGUCUUCGCAACAGUGGGCCUCUGGCUGGCCGUGGCCAUGGAGCUUGCAGAGACUCCCAUCAAGGAUGGCAUCCUCUACCAGCAGCACAUCAAGUUUGGCAAGAAGUCCUGGCGGAAGGUAUGGGCUCUGCUGUAUGCAGGAAGCCCAUCAGGUGUGGCACGGUUGGAAAGCUGGGAUGUCCGGGAUGGAACCCUGGGGCCAGCAGGUGACAGAUCAGCGGGGCCUGGACGACGUGGAGAGCGGCGGGGGGUCAUCCGCCUGGCUGAUUGUGUGUCUGUGCUGCCGGCUGAUGGUGAGAGUUGUCCCCGGGACACUGGUGCCUUCCUGCUCACCACCACCGAGCGCAGCCACCUGCUGGCUGCACAGCACCGCCAGUCCUGGAUGGGCCCCAUCUGCCAGCUGGCCUUCCCGGGUACCAGGGAUUGCUCCUCAGGACCAGCGGAGGCUGAGUGUCCCAAGAAGGGCCUCGUCCCCAUGGAAGAAAACUCCAUCUACUCCUCCUGGCAGGAAGUGAGCGAGUUUCCUGUGGUGGUGCAGAAGACUGAGGCUGCCACUCGCUGCCAGCUGAAGGGUUCCUACCUCUUGGCGCUGGGCCAGGAUGCCAUCCAGCUGAGGGAGAAUUCCAGCUCCCAGGUCCUCUACAGCUGGCCCUACCACUUCCUGCGGAAGUUUGGCUCUGACAAGGGCAUGUUUUCCUUUGAGGCUGGCCGCCGCUGCGACUCAGGUGAGGGCCUCUUUGCCUUCAGCAGCUCACGUGCCCCUGACAUGUGUGGGGCAGUGGCUGUUGCCAUUGCCCGCCAACGGGAACGGCUGCCUGAGCUGGCAGCUCCCCAACCUUGCCCCUUGCCUCGGGCCACUUCCAUGCCUUCCCUGGAGCCCCCUGGAGAACUUUGGGAGGUGUCUCCGGGGCCCGAGCUACCCACCUCCAGGAGAGCACAUGUGGCUGAGCACGGGCCCCAGAGCCUGCCACUCCUACUGGACCCCAUUCCCAAAGAGCCAGCCUCCGAGCUCUAUGCCUCAGUGCGCAAGUGGACCAGUGGGCCCCCAGCCACCACCGAGCACCUCUAUGAAAACCUGUGCAUGCUGGAAUCCAUCCCAGGGCUGCCCAACGGGGGCUCCAAGCCCCAAGAAGGCCCCUCUGGUAGCCUUAGCCCCUUGGUCAGCCCCAUCUCCUACAGCAGCGAGGACCUGAGCUGGCCUGUCCCACCUCAUGACAGCAGCCUGGAGGCCCAGUACCGGCGGCUGCUAGAACUGGAGCUGGACGAGGCAGGCAGCACUAGCCGCUCGGGCCCACAGGCAGGCUUCAAGGCCAAGCUCGUGACGCUGCUGAGUCGUGAGCGGAGGAAGGGUCCUGCCCCCUGUGACCGGCCUUGAAGGCCUGUGCAGUGGCAGCAGGAGGACAGAGGUGCUCUCCCGACAGUAGGAGGAUUGACAUCCACAAACACAUCCCCGGUUCUCUCUAGCCUGCAGAGACAAAGCAGGCAGCCUGGAGAGGACCCACACCCUGCCCUGGCCACCCUGCAGUGUACAGUGUACAGAUUUGCCAAUAAUAAAGCCUUCCAGCUCCU